AUGAAUAACGCCACUCAUGACGAAGUUAAACAGCUUCUGCCUUCUGACUAUCCAGAGGUUCUUCUGGACGCCGUGGUGGAGAGACUCAUUGCUAUGGAGAUCACGAAUCAGAGAGAUCUCGUUGGUCUUGCGUCAGACGAUCCACUAUUGACCUCUUUGGUCAACUCAUUGUUCCCUGCGGCGGCUAAGGAGACUGAUGAUGCUGAGCAAUCACGGCUUGUGAAGGCAAUGAAAGUGAGAUCUCUCAUCAAGGAGGCUUGUGCGAAGUCUUCUCUCAAGAGUACAUCCAGCUCGCAGGAAGCCUCGCUGAAAGACUAUUCUGCUCGUUUUUCUGCAAGAUAUGGUGGUAUGCCAUCGGCAUCGCUCUUACCGGAUGGUGGUAUGCUGAAGCUUGCCCAUAAUGAUAUUGCUGCCUACAAGGAGUUUAAGGUCGCUCUCGUCAACGGUUUCCGCCAACGCUUGUCCUCAUUGGCCCGUCGUUUGGCAGAAAAGAAGGGUAUCAGCUAUGGUGAGGCGGUAGCGAAGACGUUAUUGAAGGGGACUAACAGUGAACUGCUAGUCCAAGCCUAUAGUUCCACCCCUAUGGGUAGAUUUGGGGAUUCUAUCUCUGAUCGUCGCUUUCCGGGCAAAGGAAGAGGAUCCUGCCCUUACAGUCGGAGUCAGUGCCAGUUGCUGAAGAUCCGUAAAUGCCCAUUUGGUCCCUCACAGCAUAAGAGUGAUGUGGCUGACGAGAAUAAGAAGAGGAAGACCACCUGA